GUAACCUUAGGUAGCUUCUGAGCGAAGAGAUUUUGCUGAGCUUUGAUAAGGACUUGAAGUGGAGUGACUCACCUAAAUUGGGCAAUCACCUCCAGAUACACUAUCAGCCUGUCUUACACAGCAACCACUACCUUUGAUAAUGGCACCCGCAGAAUAUUCGCUGAGGCUUCAAAGAGGAAUCACCGGCGGAUUUGCACCACCCACUCCAAGCGCAAUAUUCACCCUUACCCGUCCUUUGAAUCAUGACCAGCUCAAUAUUACCUCUGCGAUCCGCGAGAUCGGCACUCCGAGUCUAGCUGAUGCUGCACCCAAGUCGAUUCAGCACGAUGAUGAAACCGAUGCCCUCGUCGACGAGUUGCAUGGCAUCCUCAAGGAGAUCCCCAGAGAGUCACCUCCUGGAAGUGAAGACAUCUACGGGAUGGAUCUCAGCAUCGCAUGGGGCAGUCAGGAUCUGAUGUGGCAGAAUGGAGGUCCCUCGGGAUGUAGUGGUGGUAAGAGCUCAGUGCAGGCGACCGAUGAAGAUAAGGCCAAGUUCAAGAGAGCGGUGGAGAUUGUGGAGAAAUUAGUCGGCGAGGCGGCUUGACAAAUUUAGAGCACGAGUGAUCUUCCGACGAGGACAAAGCUCUAGGGGCUGUAUAUAGUUUCUACAUAGAUGGGCAUGUAUUCCUUCCUUUAUGACUUUACAAGAAAACCACAAGAAUAAAUUAAAAGCAGCAAGAA